AUGUUCACUUCGAUAUUUGCCUACGUCGAACAUCUCUUCACGAAGAUCAAGCCCAAAAAGGUUUUCUUCAUGGCUAUUGAUGGCGUAGCUCCAAGAGCCAAAAUGAAUCAACAGCGUUCCAGGAGGUAUGUGCACAUGCAGAAUUCAGACUUGCCAGGCGAACCGCUCGAUACUAUCACCGAAGCUGACGAGUCUACGACUUUUAACAGAUUUAGGACCGCAAAGGAGGCCAAAGAGUUGGUAGAGAAGGCUCUUAGGAAGGGAGACAAACUACCAGAAGAGAAAGCGUUUGAUAGUAAUUGCAUUACACCCGGCACACCCUUCAUGGCCCGCCUCUCCUUGCAACUCCAAUAUUACAUCAACAAGAAGAUUUCAGAAGAUUCUAAUUGGAGAGGAGUACAGGUUAUCCUCUCUGGACAUGAAGUUCCUGGAGAAGGUGAACAUAAGAUUAUGGAAUACAUUCGCCUGAGUAAAGCUCAGAAAGAGUAUAAUCCGAAUACAAGGCACUGCUUAUAUGGCCUUGACGCGGAUCUCAUUAUGUUGGGGUUAUUGAGUCACGAUCCUCAUUUUUGCUUGUUACGAGAGGAAGUCAAGUUUGGGCCACAAGCUAAGAAGAAGAGUGGAAGGUUGUACCUAAACUUGGAGUUUCAGCCUCUUUGGGAUCCGAAAGCCAUUCAAAUAGACAACGGUGUUGGUUCAAAGGCAACUGCAGAUAUGACACCGAAGGGCCCUCUUCCAUUCGAAUACUCAUUAGAGCAUAUUAUAGAUGAUUUCAUCCUGCUAGCCGCCUUCGUUGGAAAUGACUUCCUUCCUCACUUACCGGACCUGCACAUUCAUGACAAUGCCCUGGAAACACUUUUCGACAAGUAUAGGCAGACGCUACCAAAGGCCGGUGGUUAUCUUAACGAGAGUGGUGUUAUCAACGUGCGGCGAUUACAAAUGGUAUUAGAUGCCCUCGCGGACUUCGAACAGGAAGCAUACGAAAAGGAACAUUCGGACCUUAAUUGGUUUAAGAGCAAGCAACGACCCAAGCAACUGGAUGCUCUACAAGAGAAAGGGAUAAAAGGGGGCACCACCGACCAGGAUGUCGAAGGAGUCAAUCGCCUUUCCUUUGUCAAUUCUUUCCCUGCGAGGGAUCGGGCAUUCUUAACCAGAAUAGCCAGUGAACUUCAUCUUGAGCUCACCUGGGACGAGUAUGAUGAACACGAUCGUAACUUGGCCGUUCUCAGAAUACCGUCAUUCCCCAACGGAGAUGACGAGAGUAGCGACGAGGAAGAAGGACGUAUAGCCAUAGAUCGCAUCUUAGACAAAUACAAAAGGAUGAAAAUUUUAGAGGACGAGGGUACUUCCGAAGAGCGAUACGACGCUGCUCUUAAGGAAAAAAUGGAUCGAUGGAAAAGAGAAUAUUAUCGGGAGAAGCUCGAAAUUAAAUAUGAUGAUAAGGAAGCCGUCGAAAAACUCGCUUAUCGUUACGUUGAAGGGCUUCAAUGGGUUAUGCACUACUACUACAAUGGCGUUGCUUCCUGGGACCUCAAGAACGUGGAUAAGAUGACUUUCAACUUUACCUUGGGUGCUCCUUUCAAGCCCUUCGAACAACUUAUGGGUGUCCUUCCCGAGGCUAGCAAGGCGCUUAUACCAGAAGCUUAUCAAAGCUCAUAUAACGGCCAGGAUUUAAUGUAUGACCCGAGUUCACCCAUUCUGGACUUUUAUCCAACAAAUUUUGGCACAGAUCUCAACGGGAAGAAACAAGAAUGGGAGGCUAUUGUGAAGAUUCCCUUCAUUCAAGAAGAACGCCUUCUUCAGGCCAUGUCAUCUCGAGAACAUCGGCUAACCAAGGAAGAACGUAAACGAAACAGCUUUGGGACGAGCUUAGCUUUCACCUAUUCUGCGACUACUGAAACCGUUUACCCUUCUUCCUUACCUGGAUUCUUCCCCGAUAUUCAUCGCUGCCACUGUAUCACGCAGCCUUUCCACCUUCCCACUCUAGACGGGCUACAUCUUGUUAAAGGAUUAUUGGAUGGAGUAGGCCUCGGCGUUCAUGCAAUGGCCGGGUUUCCUUCUUUGGACACACUCCCUCAUACCGCUCAACUUUUGCACCACUCUGUCAACGUUUUCCAACAAGACAGCAGAAAUCAAUCCGUAGUGUUAUUCAUUAAGAACUUGUGGGAUGGAAGAACAUCAAUUUCUAUCGCCGAGCAACUCAUCGGAAAUAGAAUAUACUAUAACUGGCCAUUUUUGCAAGAAGGAAUGGUUGUUGCUGUUUCUGACUCACACUUCCGUUACGAAUAUCAAGCCUUCGGAAAGACAUUCAAGGUCGCAGGCUCACAACAUAGUCAUGCAGGACUUAGUACCUGGUCACGAAACGCAGAAGGUCAUGAAUCUCGGUAUUCGAAGCGGUUUGGUGUCAUUAUUGGGGAUGUAGACAUAUUGGUGCACAUCCGUCCUCUAAAAGGAUUGAAAAGGCUCGAAAAUGGAGCGUCCGUUAAAGACUGGGAGGAUGUAGACAAAGAAACGGAUAUACCCGUUCAAUUGACAGUCAAGGAGGUCAACUUUGAAGACGAAAGAUUCAAGGAACAGCCUGCACCUCCGCUUACUGAAGAAUAUCCUAUUGGCACCACUGUAUUCUUUCUCGGAGAGCACGCAUACGGUGUCGUCGCUCAGGUUCACGAGAUCGUGGGCGAAACUUUAUCGGUCACAUUAGCGUACUUUCCAGGUGAAAAGGCCGAAAAUGAACAAUUCCGAGAUGUCAUAACUUCAGUACCACCUCUCGACUAUUAUCCAUCCUAUAACGUCGCCAGCAUGCUCCACAUAACAGGUCUGGCUGUAUCAAGGAUUACCUCUAGUUUGAUGGUCAUCCUCAAUGAUGGAACCAAGGUUAAUCUUGGCCUGAGUCUCAAGUUCCAGGGGAAAGGUCUCAAAGUUCUGGGCUAUACAAAAAUGGAAGACCGUGGUUGGGAAUACAGUGCAAAAGCGUUAGAGCUGUUGCGAGAGUACAAAGCGGCAUUCCCCGAACUGUUCAAGAAGCUGGACAACCGUGGGGACGGUGAGAAAUUUUGUAUCGUGACCAGUAGCUGUACUCACGAUACGAAACGACUAGCGAUGAUGAAAGCUGGUGAUCUUUUCCCUGGACCGGACGCAGACCAGAAGGUCAAAGAAAUCAAAACUUGGUUGGCAGAGAAAGGUGUUAAAGAUUUGGAACCCGUUCCCCUAAGCACGGAGACGCUCGAAAAGGAGACGAUCGAGAAAAUUGAAGCUUUGGCGGAUUCGUUAAGCUCAAAGCGUUCCAAAGAUGCAAUCAAGAAAGCAAAAGUACAGGGUAUACCAAGAAAGGUGGUUUUGAAGCCAGCGCAUGUGGCAUCGAAGCUACAAGAUCAAGAAUUCAAGCUCGGCGACCGUGUGAUUAUGGUCCAAGAUUCGGGAGGAGUUCCCCUAUGCUACAAAGGUGUGGUAGUCGGACUCCUUGACAAGAUGAUCGAUGUAGUAUGGGAUCAUGCCUUCAUCGGUGGUACGAAACUUGGCGGAAGGUUCGUCGUCAACACUCUACCCGAAAACGUCACUCACAUGUUUUCUACUACUUCGCAACCUGCGUCCCAGACUGUCCCGGUGCACUUGGUCAACGCUUAUGGCCAUCGCAGUGGUAGCAAUACUCCCCGCGGUGGCCAUGCCAAUGGGAACCGCACACCACCUAUUAAUUAUCCUCAAGCAAGAGGAAGGGGGUCACCUACCCCUCGUAUCAUGACGAAUCCCAAUCGCGGGCGAGGCGGGAUGCCUCCUGCCAAUCACGCAAUUCAAAAUGGUACACCGGCCACUAAUCCCAACCAACCAGCACAAAUUCAAGAUGAUCAGCAUCAACCUCCGGCAGUUAACCUCUUUCACAGGGUGGAUUACAGCAGCCCAUACCAGCCCUACAGCAAGGAAAUCAAGGUACGAACGAUAGGGGACGAAGUAGCCCUCGAGGAAAUGGUCCGUCGGAUGGAGGACGAGGAAGGGGGAGAGGCGGUCGUGGUGGUAAUGGAGGAAAUGCACAUCAACGAGGGCAGAGCUCGAAUACGACAGAGGGCAAUUCAGUUGGCAUUACAUCCGUUAAGAAUGACUCUUAAUAGCGAUUCAGUACAAAUCAA